UUCACCAUUUUGCGACUGUAGUGUAGAAUGUACCGAGCAGUAGUUUUACCUCCUUUAAGUUGCUUUACAGACAAAAGAUAAUAUGACAGUCCGUUAAUUGUCAACCCUGGAUUUCCGACUUUUGGCCAACUAUCAAUUUUGUUACUGACUCGAUAAAUAUCUGCAUUGAAAAUAAUAUUGUGGAUCUGGAAUAAGGUGGAAAGAGCUGGAGACAGAAAGAGGAAAGGGCGGGAUGAGAAAGAGAGGAGCUGGAAGAGCAGGGAAAUAGAGGGAGGAGAGCAAGAGAGGCUGGACGAGCAGGGAAAUAGAGGGAGGAGAGCAAGAGGGGCUGGAAGAGCAGGGAAAUAGAGGGAGGCGAGAGGAACUGAGAAUCUGGUCUCUGGAAAAGUAAGCCACUGUAAAUCGUAAAGCAAACGCCAAUGCAGAGAUGAAGCCGAUUAAAAAGCAAGGAAGGCGCUCGCCCCCGUCGACCCGGGCCAAAGGUGGGAAGAGACGGGGGGCGGUGGACAGUGGGGAGAAAAGAGACUCGGACGAGAACAGAGACCAAUCCCCUAAAAGUCAGACCCCACCCCAAACCUCAUCUCACUCAGAGUCUUCUCAGGAAGAGUCGAUGACACUUACGGCUAGGGCCACGCCAGAGAGGGAGGUCCACAGAGAGGGGCCCCAGCUCCCAGAGACAGCGGCCGCAGCAGCAGGGUCCCUCCCUGGGAAGUCAGAGGACUCCCGCCCGGGGAGUGUCAAGUCGCUGAGCGCCCACAGCACAGACAGCAGCAGCAGCGCCGCCAGUGCUGCCAACAGCCCCAACCCCUCGUCCAACCGCAAGACAGCCACCUUCAAGGCCCGCGUCCCCAAAAAGAAGUACACCUCUGAGCACUGUGCUGCUGCAGCUGCUGCCGCCAGCAACCACGGAUACCAUGGCAACCCCUGCACGCCCCCACUGAACAGCAGUAGUGCUCACUGUGGUAGUAACACCGGUAGUCAGUCGUCGGGCUUAUCUUCGGGGCCCGGGUCGACGGCGAGUGAGGGCGGUUUGCUUACUGACAUCAACAGUCAGACCAGGAGACCAGUGGAGGACUACAUUACCACUAUAGCUCCACCACAGGACAGGGACAACACACCUGGACCCCCUCCCACAGGGGACAGAGACAGGAGAGGCCCAGAGGGAGGCAGAGAAAUCGCCCCCAGCCCUGUCCGCUGCUCCUCUACAGACACAGCCAGCGAACACGACCCUGACGUGAGCGAUCUACGCCGCCCCAACUUUCCCCACACCAACCCCAACACCGAAGCACACACACUGGACCUGGUGCAACGUAGCACCCCACGCACUCCGACCCCACAGAGCCUGUCGGACGCGCUAGCCGACGCCUUGGCAAAAGGUCUAAAGAACCAGCGGGUGCUAGCCAGGCAGGCUAGGAGGAGAACUGGAAAGUGGGAAGAGGAGAACGGAAGGGGAGUGGGGAGGGAGAGCAUGGACUCGGUGUUCCGAGCGGGUGUGGUGCGGCGGGUGAGCGGCGAGCACGGCAGCCUGGAGGUGCAGCUGAACGGCGAGAAGGAGCUGUACCGCUACCCGUUUCGCGAGGGCCCCCAGGGGCCUGUGGACAUCAUCAUGGAUGCCCCGCCGCCCGGCUCCCAGGCCGUGCCCAUCGGCACCCCUGUGUGCGUGCCCUUCGGAGGCAACGAAGACGGCGGCACCACAGAGGCCCAGCGCCAGUGGUACCGAGAGGGCCUGGUCACCCAGGUGGACUCCCACCCGGCUGUGUCCUACCCCUAUAGAGUGUUGUUAGAGGACAGAGCGCCCCCAGGGGAUGAGGAGGGGGAUGGCAGGGUGGGCACUCCGACCGCUGUGUGGGUGUCCCGUCAGAGCCUCCGCCUGCUGGUGCCGCCCUGGGACCUGGACCUGGGACCCACCGGAGGGGGGCGAGAGGAGGGCGAUGCUGCUGCCGAGAGGGGGAGAGAGAGGGAGAGAGAAAGAGAGGACAGGGACGAAAUAGAAGUGGAGCCAGAGCUGUGUUUCCUCAGCCAUGGGAUGGGGCUCAGCGCAGCUGUGGCUGGGUCUGUGUUGGGGAGGCUUUCAUACCCUGGAACGGCCCCCGCCUCCUCGUCUUCCUCGACUGUCAGCUCCCCCGUCACCCCUGCCUCGGUGCUGAGUCUGGUGCCCGGAAGAGACUGGGAGCGAGAGAAGGACCUGGUGGAGAGAGAGCGGGAGCUCCAGAGGAAACAAGAGAGAGAUAACCGAGAAAGGGCCAAGCAGCAUCACCACUUCAUGCCCCUGACCCCAGAGGAGGACAUAGAGGUGUCCCACUUCAGCAUGGUGCCCAUGGGGGCGGCGGGAGGUGCGGCCAAGGCCCUGGCGGUGUCCCAACACAGGCACAUACUCUCCAAGCCGCCCCCGGGCUACCUCAGCCCCCACCUGUCCGUGGUCCGGGGCCUCGGAGGCACCCCGCUGGUGGGCCCCCACUUGGCCCUCAACCCCCACCCCCCUGCCUCCCCCACAGUGCUAAUGGGCCUGGAGUCGGGAGCCCUGUCAGCGGGGGCGGCCAUCAUCGCCACCCCUCAGCUCCCUCUGCCCUCCUCGUCCUCCCGCGGCUCCCUGGAUAAGCCACCCUCGUCAAACACCAACUCCCACGGUGCAUCUGGAGGGGGUGGAGGCUCGGGUUCGUCGUCCUCGUCGCGCUCCCGCACCCCUCUCACGGUGGCCCAGCAGAAGUACAAGAAGGGCGACGUGGUGUGUACCCCCACGGGCAUCCGCAAGAAGUUCAACGGCAAGCAGUGGAGGAGGCUGUGCUCCAGAGAGGGCUGCUCUAAGGAGUCCCAGAGAAGAGGCUACUGCUCGCGUCAUCUCUCCAUGAGAACUAAAGAGAUGGAGGCCAGCGGAGGGGGCAGAGACCGUGGCGGGGCCAGCAGUACGGGCACCCUAACCCCGUCAGACCUGAGGCUGGGCGGCGGCCGGACCAGUUCGGAGUUCGACUGGGACAACACGUCGCGAGACAGCAGCGAAGCGAGCAGUAGGGGAGGGGAUUCACGCCCCCGCAUGGUCCUGCCCUCGUUCCUGCCCCAGGACCUAUCACACUUCGACUUUGAUGAGUGCGAGGCGGCCACCAUGCUGGUGUCUCUGGGCAGCUCCCGCUCGGGCACGCCCUCCUUCUCUCCCAUCUCCAACCAAUCGCCCUUCUCACCCACGCCGUCGCCCUCGCCAUCCCCGCUCCUCAGCUUCCGCCCGGCCACCUUCAGCCCCAUCACGGCCCCGCCUUCUCUCACCCCUCGCCGCCACCGCCAUCUGAGCGGGACUAAGAUGAGCACGCCGGGCUCGGAGCGCGAGCAUCACCUGUCGGGCAUCGUACCCACCUUCCAGACCAACCUCACCUUCACCGUGCCCAUGAGCCCCAGCAAGCGGAAACUGGAUGCCCUUCCUCCGCCACUGCCCCUCCCCGACCAGCAACUAGGGGAGACUAUAGGGCUCCGGCCAGCCGCCUUCAGGGUGCUUUCCCCUCAGAGCCAGCCCACCACCCCCUCCUCGCUCUCCUUCCCCCGGCCCCGGAGCGCCACUAGCCGACCCCCGUCCUCCGCUGCCUCCACCCCUCCGCCCAUGCUGGUGUCCCCCACCCCUCCCUCCCCACUGCCCCAGGACCCCAGCCCCCGCCGCAUCGUGCCCCUGCGAGACUCCCCCGUCAUCGUGAGGAACCCCGACGUCCCCCUGGCCAAGUUUACCGAGGGACCCUUAGGGAGGAGGGGAGGAGGGGGCUGCUCCUCAAGAGACCACAGCCAGCCCCUGCAUCUUGCCACCGGCCUCCAAGCACCCGUGCCCAUCAACGGCGCCGUCACCAAUGGAGCGGUCCUCAUGCGAAACCCCGCCUCCACCCUGGUCCUUGUAACCUCCUCCCAGUCCCUGACCCCAGCCGUCACGGGAUGCCCUGUCCACUCCAGCCCAGCCCCCAGUGGUGGCUCCGCCUCAAUGUCCUCUACUGGCUCCGCCCUCUCUAGCUCUGGAUCAGGCGGUAGGGAGUGGGAGAGGAAGUCUGGAGGACAUCAGGACGCCAUUGGAGGGACACUGCCCCAGCCGGUAGCCUGCCACCCCUCGCCCACUGCCCUGCUGCCCCUCAUCCUACCAGCCGAGUCCCCUCAACCUGCACCCCGCAAGGACAUCAUCAUGGGACGGCCCGGUACAGUAUGGACCAAUGUGGAGCCCCGGUCAGUGCCAGUGUUUCCUUGGCAUUCAUUGGUCCCUUUCCUGGAGCCCAGCCAAUCGAGUGCGGCUGCCCAGCCCACUGAUGGCCAACAGCUUGUCAAUCAGAGCAACGAGCCUCGUUGUGGGGUGGCCCUAGUGAGUGACGGACGGAUGGGCCCACCAGAUGCAGGACCAGGGUCUCCAUCCCGCCCACCGCCCUCCUCCAAUGACAACAACCCCCAAGCUGAAAGAGCAGAAAGAGGCGGAGCCGACAGCGAGACGGAGAGCGAUGCAGAUGACCCGUUCUUUCCGGGUGUAGCAAAUGAUCCUGCCCCAUCUACAGGCACUAUGAAGAGGCGGACUCAGUCCCUCAGUGCUCUUCCAAAAGAUGGAGACAGAAAGAGGGAAAAGGACCACAUUCGGCGGCCAAUGAACGCAUUCAUGAUCUUUAGCAAGCGUCACCGGGCGCUCGUGCACCAGAGGCACCCCAACCAGGACAACCGCACGGUCAGCAAGAUCCUGGGCGAGUGGUGGUACGCCCUGGGGCCACAAGAGAAGCAGAAGUACCACGACCUCGCCUUCCAGGUGAAGGAGGCUCACUUCAGGGCCCACCCAGACUGGAAGUGGUGCAACAAGGACAGGAGGAAGUCUAUCUCUGAGGGCCGAGGGACCCCGGGGGCCAAAGAGGCACGCGAGAGGAGCAUGUCGGAGAGCGCAGAGCCCGAGUCAGUGUCUCAGGGCAUGGAGUUGAAGGGUACGGCAGGCCCGGGCUGGCCUGGGGGUUCUGAGCAUCAUGUGGGGGACUACAGUGGCCAGCUCCCUCGCACCCGUGCCUUCUCCUAUAGUGCAGUACACAGCCUGGAGAGGAGGGAGCAGGCCAGAGAUGUGGAGAAGUUGUGCCUAGAAGAGACCGGCUCGUUCCACAGCCACCCCCCUACUCUCUCCCUGGCACAGUGUGGGGCCAGCGAGGACGUGACCAGCGACGAGGAGCGCAUGGUUAUCUGUGAGGAAGAGGGGGACGAUGAUGUCAUGGAGGACUCGUGCCCUGAAGGAUCCAUAGACCUCAAGUGUAAAGAGAGAGUGACUGACAGUGACGAGGAUGAGCCGGAUGGACAGCAAGCCUUCCAGCCAGUGGUCCGUUCCUCUCUCCCCUCCUCCAACAACACCUCCCACGCUGACUCCCACUCCGACUCUACCAAGGGGGACACAAAGGGGAGCGCCGGAGAGAGCUCUGAGAGGAAGAGAAAACGAGGGAUGGAGGGAGGAGAAGAGGGAAGUGGAGAAUCAAAAAGAGGAAGGGGUGGAGGGGGGCACGUUCCUUCUAAUUCCAUCCCUGGAUCAGCGCCCAUCACCUCGACCCCUGCUCUGGGUUAUGGACUCACCCAGGUGCUCGGUGCAGUCCGGAUGGCCCCCACCGUGGUGACCAACAUGGUAUGCCCCAUUACCAGCAUGCCCAUCCCCAUCGCCAGCAAGCCAAUGGAAGGCUCCAUUGCCCUCAGUGCCCUGCCUGGGGAGAAGAAAGCCAUGCUUCUGAUUGGAGGACCGGGAGCAGGCGGCGGGCCUUUCACAGCAGGGGUCCAAGCCCAGUCUCCAGUCUUGCAGAGCAAGAUGUUGGUUCCCAUGGCAACAGUGAGAACUGGCUCUACUCCUCCUCAGCCCAGCUGCAUGGUGGCUCCUCCCCUUCCUGUGCAAAAUGGUGCUCUACCAGGAAGCAAGAUUAUCCAGAUCGCCCCCAUGCCGAUGGUCCAGACAAAUGUCCACUCUGCUGGAGCAGUGCUUCCUGGGAGUCCCUUCCCUGUAUCCAUGGCAACAGCCACUGUGAUGACUUCGGGCAUCACACCCCCUCAGACCGUGUUGCUAACCUCGCCUCCAACAAGGAUCACUUAUGUCCAAUCAGGCACCGGAGGGGUCUCCACGGCAACAGGCCAGGCCCCUCCCUCUUCAGGCCCCGCCUACCUGCCAUCGUCCCUGACUACCCUGGGCUUCACCGCCAUCGCCCCGGCUGGCCAAGCCCUUGUGCACCCUCUUGUAGCAGGCCAACCACCCUGGCUAGCCCCAGCCCUUUCCCCUGGAGCCCCGGGGACUGGACGUCAACUCCUCACCGCCAUUUACCCGGACCAGAACGUCACCCUGGCGCCAGAUGGGGUUUCCAUGACCUCUGUGCCCCCCAAUUUGGCUCAAGAAGUGUCCGGCCAAUCAUCACGCUCAGCUGUCGGCGUCCAGGGUUCAAAGGACGUGACCCUGUCACAUGAAGAGGGAAUGCCACACCUGACUGCAGAGAUGGAGCACAAGCCACAGGUGGAGGGCCAGGCCCAAAGGAAGACCAAGACACAUAUAAAGAAAGAGAGCAUAAAGAAAGAAAAGAUGACAGAGGAUGUCGAGGCACAUAGCAAACCCGGUGCUAACUCAAUGGGUACGUCCAGCAGCAACACACCAACAGGGAGUGAAGAAAAUGGUGGUCGAGCCAGCCACGUGAAAGAAGAGAACACGGACGAUGCCAGAGAUUAUACCAAAGAGAAACAGACAGACGUGGAUGGAGAGAGGGAGAGGUGGAUAAAGAUGGAAUGUGGGACACCUGAACCAGAGAGGUCCAGGGAGACAGAUGAUUGGCCCCAUGAGGGCCACAACAAAGGGGACAGUGGCAACGAGGGCCACAGCAAAGGGGCUGGACCGAGGGAACCUCCCCACCCUACCACAGGACAGGACACUCCUCCGCCUGCCCCACAGACUGACAGGGACGCACCCCCCUCAGCCAAGAAGACCAAAUUCCGCCCUCCGCCACUCAGAAAGCCCUCCGACUCCAUUGACAAGGUCCUGUCGGGGUCCUAUUUCGAGGAGCGCUUUGCCGAGCUGCCAGAGUUCAGACCAGAAGAGGUGCUGCCCUCUCCCACCCUCCAGAGUCUGGCCACUUCCCCUCGAGCCAUACUGGGCAGCUACCGGAAGAAGAGGAGGAACUCCACAGACCUGGACUCGUCUGCAGAGGACCCCAGCUCUCCCAGGAGGAAGACUGCAGCUCGGAGCCGUCUCUCCAGCUGCAGCUCGGAGCCCAACACACCCAAGAGCGACGUCAAGUGUGAGGGGGACAUCUUCACCUUUGACAGAGCUGUUGCUGAGUCUGAGGAUGUCUUGGGAGAGAUGGACAGAGUGCCGUACUCCUCUCUCCGGAGGACUCUGGACCAGCGCAGGGCUCUUGUCAUGCAGCUCUUCCAGGAACACGGGUUCUUCCCUUCAGCCCAGGCCACUGCAGCCUUCCAGGCACGCUACUCAGACACCUUUCCCUCCAAGGGGUGUCUGCAGCUGAAGAUCAGGGAAGUGAGGCAGAAGAUCAUGCAGACAGCCACACCUGGAACCCCUGGAAUCUCUGAGCCCGGCGGGUCAACAACAGGGGUCCCGGGGUCAACAGACUCCACCUCCGCCGCCAACGGCUCCUCAAAUACUAACACUCGAGAUGGUACAGGGACGGAGCCCGGAGAAAGAGGGAGGAGUCCCGAGGAGCCCAGGAGUUUGGGUAAAUUGUAGGAAUGGAAAGAAAGAGGGAUGGAAAGAAGGAGAAAAACAAGAGAAUGGAGUAGAUGGAGAGAAAGUGACAAAAGAGAGAGAGAGAGUGUUGUUGUGACGCACUGCAUGUCCUUGUACAUGUAGUAACAGGGCUUCAGUAUCUCGUCGGCACAGUUCUGUACUGGCCGUACUCUCAGCACAUUUGUAGUUUGAUACAGAACAUUCUGUGGUACACACAAUUCUUUCUGUCUCUCUCGCACAUACACGCGCACCCCACCAACGCAGACUGUUACUCUUGGGUGGCAGUCGCAAGCACUGUCACACGAAAGAUGACCAUACACAACGGCACGUUGUAACAAUUUGUGCGGAUGCAGUUUGCCAUUGACUUGACUUCCCUCCACUCCUCAGCACAGUGGUUGGGAUGUAUCCAAAUGUAACCUCCACUGAAAUUCCCCUCUAUGCUGCAACAACAGACAGCACUGAAAUGGACUCACACACACAGUCUAUCAGUCUACUCAACAUUCGCCUAACCAAGCCAUUGGCCUGCACAGUUUUUAGCGAUUGAAGAAAGUGAGUCAAGCAUGGAUACCAUUGGCUCCCGAUAAAGGGAGGCGGGACUCAGUGUGACAAUUGACCCAAUCCCUGGCCCAAUCAGUUAUCACUGUCACAGACAGGUUGAGUUCCUAUUGGCUGGAGAGGAUGUUGUAUAUUGGGGUUUCCCCCCCUUGUGGACACCAUUAUGAGAUAUGAAAUAUGUAAAGAUUGAAGGGUGAUGCGUGACAAAGCAACAAACUCAACAAUGGUUGGCUGUAACAGAGCACAGAGAAAGGCUGAACCAGACGAUGGUCCAUUCAUUGGUCAACUCGAGUGGAGGCUGCGGAUUCCACCAAGGACACCGGAAGCAGAUGAUGUGACAUGGCUCACUUGGCUCCCAAGUGACAGUUCACAAGCAAAAGUAGAUAUUGGAUCAACUUCUAGUAGUCACACAGUGGAUAUGUUGUUUUAUCUUUUAUUGUUGCAGUGGAAAUAACACGUUUUAUGUGGCCUGUUUUCUCUUGUGGCUCUUAUUGGUGUUUCUCCAGCAUAAACUUACAUAAAAGGGGUUUUGAAACAGCCCACGCGAGCCCUCUUUUAAAUUUUACUUUGGGCCAUUUCCCCUCUCCCAUGACUUCUCAGUAGACACAUAGAGGAGGGGGCAGGCAGUUUGUUUUUAAACGUUGAAAUCAGGUGUUUGCACAAUGUGUGGUCUUGUGACUGCAACUUAAAUCAGGAAAGUAUUGUUUUUAGAGAUUGUUUCAUAGAAAUAACCUUGUUGUUAUCAAUCCCCCCUCUUCCAUUUCUAGUCCCUUUCCUUCCCCCCUUGCUUCCUCUCCCUGCCCCUCUAUCCAAGUGUUGUUAGAAAGUGCCCUUAAGCACUGGUCCAGGGUCAGUUCUGUUAUGUAGCUCAGGAUGGCUCUGGUUAGGGUUUAGUUCAGGGAAAGCAGAUCCUAGACCAGCCCUGUAGGGCAUUCUCUGGAGCCCUCUCUCUUCCCUCUCUGCCACUUUAUUUUUUCCUUAUUAAAUGGUGCAAUACGAUAUUUGGAAUGGGUGGGUUAUAUGGGUCGGUGUCAUAGAUAUUUGCAGUACAGUCAGAAGACCCAUUCUAAUAACAAUGGCAUAAGAAGAAUGAUCUGAGAUUACUAUAUUUGAAGAGAUAGAGCGUAGCUAACUAACUAAAGUCAAAGAAAUUCAAAUAGCACUUUUUGCCUCUUCACUUGUUUUGGGAAGAGUUGGGGUAGUUAUGGAUAUACCUUUAUUUCUCUGUAUACAGUUGGAUGUGUGAAAAAAUAUAUAUAUAUAUAUUUCCAUAUGUGCAUAUAGAUGACGUGUGUGUUUGCGCACAUGCAUGUAUGGAAUCAGCCACACCCGGAUUCCUUCACAUACCAUACAAUAAGACAUUAUCAAUCAUAUGUUCUUCACGUAUUCUAGAGGCAGUAUUUUUACAGUCACAAGGACUAUUAUAUGACAUCUUGAUUUGUUAUAUUAAUGAGAUAGUCCAAGAUCAAAGACAUAGAAUUUAUCAAAGAUUUGUUGAAUCUUGCAAAGGUGAGGCCUGAAAUGAUUCCAUGAACAUGCAUGUGCGCACGCAAACACACAGACAUACAUACACACACAUGUAUGCGUGUACACUGUAUGAUUGUGCUUAAAAUAAACUGUCCAUACUUUGGAGAAGGAAUUUUAGAAUGAGAGAGAUGAGUGUUAGCUCAUAAACAGGCAUGUUGACCAUGUGCAAUAUUUCUAAACAAAACACAAAAAAAAACUAAAUAUUGAAAAUAUUAAAGACCUAACACAAUA